AUGUCGCUGAUCUCCCGCAUCUCGCUGACCGGCCCGCCCGCCGAGGAUCCGGAGGACUUCUUGGGCAGCUCGCUGGGCGUCGUCUUCCCGGACGACGUGACCAACCAGCACGGUGACGCCGACCACGGCCUAUCGUACUCGUCGCCGCACCUGCCCAAACCGCUACUGAUCAGCCUUGCUGAGCCCACCGCCGAGGAGGACCGUAGGCUGUUUAGUCAUUACCUAUGGAAUUCGUCCCUGCUGCUGGCUGAGUUCCUCGAGGCGGGCACUUUGAAGUUGUCGGGCAAUGAGGCGCCGCAAAUGAGGGGCUUCGGCCUCCCUUUUGAAAAAUUCAAUGUCACGGGCCUGUCAACCAUCGAACUCGGCGCUGGAACAGCUCUGCCGUCCAUCAUGGCGGCGCUGCUAGGUGCAGGCAAGGUCGUUAUCACGGACUAUCCGUCCCCUGUCGUACUAGAUACUCUGCGCGAUAACGUCGCUCGGAAUGUUGAGCUAUCCUUCUCACCCCUGAAGUCCGUCUCGCCGGUCAUAGUCGAGGGUCACGAAUGGGGAAACCUAUCGACGGCUCUCGCGGAAGGCAACAAGCAUGCCUUCGACCGCGUGUUCGUCUGCGACUGCCUGUGGAUGCCGUGGCAGCACACUAACCUACAUAAGUCCAUUUCCUGGUUCCUUAAGGACACGCCCGAGGCGAGAUGCUGGGUCGUCGCUGGUUUCCAUUCGGGACGGGAGAAGAUGCGCGAGUUCUUCGGCGCGGACGCCCUGGCCAAGGAGGGUCUGGAAGUCGAGCACAUCUACGAGAAGGAGUGCGACGGCAAGGAGCGAGAGUGGGCGUGGGAUCGUGGGUAUGAAGAGAUCGGCAUCCGGAAGCGAUGGCUCGUGUCUGCUUCCCUGAAGCGGCUGGGUCGUGGUUCCGGGGAGAGGUGA